UCUCAGGGAGUAUUUCACCAAGUACGGAGACAUCACAGAGGUUAUGGUUAUGAAAGAUCCCACCACACGACGAUCAAGGGGCUUUGGAUUCAUCACAUUCGCAGACCCUGCGAGCGUAGACAAAGUGUUGGCGCAGGGCAAUCACGAACUGGACGGCAAGAAAAUCGACCCAAAGGUAGCAUUUCCUAGGAGAACACACCCAAAGAUGGUGACAAGGACAAAGAAGAUCUUCGUCGGGGGAUUAUCGGCGCCAACGACGCUGGAGGACGUCAAAAAUUACUUCGAACAAUUCGGUCCGAUCGAAGAUGCUAUGCUGAUGUUCGACAAGCAAACUAACAGGCAUAGAGGCUUUGGAUUUGUCACGUUUCAAAGCGAGGAUGUCGUCGACAAAGUCUGCGAGAUCCAUUUCCACGAAAUUAACAACAAAAUGGUCGAAUGCAAGAAGGCACAGCCAAAGGAAGUGAUGCUUCCAGCGAAUCUGGCGAAGACGCGAGCGGCCAGCAGAGGCGCAUACGAUUUUAUGUGGUCUCUGGGAGCAUUACCUGAUGGUUUCCCAGCGGCAGCGUACGCGGCAUACGCGGCGGGCCGCGGUUAUUCUGGGUACCCUAGUUUCGGAUUACCCUACCCGACAGUGGAUCUAACCAAUGGACAACUCACCCCAAACAACAACACGCCCUUACUUACACAAGCACUUUCUGUGAUGAACAACUACCAGGCGGCCGCAGCACAGGCCGGGUUCCCGCCGGCGUCGCCGCACGCGGCCGGCGGCCACGGUGGGCCGCAGGGUCGGUCUUUCCCGGCGGCCAAUUCACCGGGCCCGAUUGACAUGUACAGCUCGAGCGCCGCCGCCGCAGCAGCAGCCGCAGCCGCGGAUUCCGCAGUCGCAAGCUACGUCCAGGCCGCAGCUAGCCCGCAGCCUCCCACGACCGCGUUCCCCGCGAUCGCCGUAUCCCGUGCCCCGCUCAACUACAGUCCCGGUCCUCUAAUACCAGCGGCGUUCACUAAUGGCUACCAUUGAGCCUUGUUAAGACCUAAUAACAGGAUGGACGAGACGGCAGAACGCAGCACGGUCGCCUGAUAUAAUAAGCAACACGGACGAUUUGAGGCAGCUAAACAGUGGAUGAUCUCUGGACGAAAAAAAUAAC